GGAGGAGGAGGAGGAGGCGCGCAGGCACAGGAGUGUGUAAGCUCGGCGUGAUCGCUGUAGCUUCGCGAGGCACAGCUGCGUUCGGUUUACGCGGAGGAGGCGCAACAAGGUCCUUUCAGCGCUGCGCAAAUAAGUGCUUUAUCUUGACAUUUCCCCUCUGGGCUUGUAUGGGUUUAUAUCCCCGGAUGCGCGCAGCUGCCCCUAAAGUCACCGGAAAGAAAUGGUGAUGGCCUGGUCAUGUGUGCAGCCAGCGCUCUGUUUGUGGAGAUGGUUUUAACAGACAGCGUUCUGGAGGACUCGGGAACAUCACACCGGGCUGAAGGGGCCUCGUAAAACACAAACGCACUUCCAGCACGUGAGCGUAGACACACGUGCAAGCUGUGUGGUCAGGACGAACGGACACGGGCGCAUAACAGGAGCGUCACCUGAACUGUGCACGUACACAAAAACUCGCACCCCCACAUGCAGAGGGGUGUGUGUGCUGCGCGUGUGUCUGUGUCUUAUAUAUAUAUAUAUUUUUUUAGACUGUAAUAAAAACUCAGGAGUCCUAACUCCUUUCCUUGGCAAGAGUGUGUGUACGUGUUCUCCUGUCUGACCCCACCUGCCACGCCACCGCCAUGCCUAGCUCCACCAUCCGCCGCCAGAUGAAGAACAUGGUGAACAACUACUCGGACGCCGAGAAGAAGGUCCGUGAAGCCACCUCCAACGACCCGUGGGGCCCGUCGUCCUCGCUUAUGUCGGAGAUCGCCGACCUCACCUACAACGUGGUGGCCUUCAGCGAGAUCAUGAGCAUGAUCUGGAAGAGGCUCAACGAUCACGGCAAGAACUGGCGCCACGUCUACAAGGCGCUCACCCUCCUUGACUACCUGAUCAAGACGGGCUCGGAGCGUGUGGCGCUGCAGUGCAAGGAGAACAUCUUCGCCAUCCAGACACUGAAGGACUUCCAGUACAUCGACCGCGAUGGCAAGGACCAGGGCAUCAACGUCAGGGAGAAGAGCAAGCAGCUGGUGGUGCUGCUGAAAGAUGAGGAUAGGCUGAAAGGAGAACGUUCUCAGGCCCUGAAGACCAAAGAGCGUAUGGCCCAGGUGUCCACGGCGGGCAGUCAGAUGGGCUUCGGUCGGGGCUCCUCUCAGCCAAACCUCUCCACCUCCUACAGCGAAGAGUAUGGAAAGUCGGAGGGUUCGCCCGCCUCCUACCACGGCUCCACAUCUCCCAAUGCGGGCUCGGAGCUGGAGCAGGCCAGACCUCAGACCAGCGGGGAAGAGGAGCUACAGCUGCAACUGGCCCUGGCCAUGAGCCGAGAGGCUGCUGAGCAGGAGGAACGCAUGCGCAGAGGAGACGACCUGAGACUACAAAUGGCCCUGGAGGAGAGUAAAAAAGAGGGCCCCAGCUCAGGAAAACUGACCAAGAAGAAGAAGGAGGUACGACACGCAUCACAUAACGCCGCAAGCAGUGUCCGUGCUGAGCCUCAGUCCUCUCUGAUGGAUCUUAUGGAUGUUCCAGAGAGGGGCUCAAGGGCCGACCCCUGGGGUGCAGGGGCUGCAGGGGCUGCAGGGGCUGCAGGGGCCACAGCUGCAACAGACCCCUGGCAGUCCUAUGGUUCUGCCCCUAAGCCAGCAGCCCCAGUGGACCCAUGGGGUGCCACUCCUUCCGUUCCUCCCAUGAAGAGCAGCGAUCCCUGGGCAGCAAACGCCGCUCCUGGUGCCGAUCCUUGGAGCUCCACCCGUCCCAAGACCUCCAACACAGGUAGUUUUGACCUGUUCAGUACAUCCAACGGUACGUCUAAAGAGGACUUCUCAGAGUUUGACAGCCUCCGCUCCUCUUCCUCUGUCCCCACUGGCGAUGGGGCCGUCGUCUCCUCGCUCCCCUCCCAGGCCAGUCUCGCGAGCAGUGGCAGCCUGGACCUCUUCGACCCACUGCCCACCUCCAACUCCUCCAACCCCACCAGAAAGACACCCGAGUCCUUCCUGGGCCCCAAUGCUGCUCUGGUUAACCUGGACUCACUGGUCACCAAACCGGCCCAGCCUGCGCCAGUUGUCAACCCUUUCCUGGCUUCUGCAGGUGGUGGCAUGGCCCCGGCCCCGGCCCCGGCCCCAGCUCCAGCCAAUCCCUUCCAGGUAAGCCAGCCGGCUCCUCCCACCCUCAACCAGAUGAGAGUCAGCCCCAUGCCUUCCGGCUUCGGCAGCAUGUCCUCCAUGGCUGAGCCUGCGCCGGUCCCCUCCAUGGCCCAGCAGCCCAUCACCAUGGUCCCCCUGGCUGGCAUGGCCCCCGUGGGCCAUGUGAUUCCCGGCAUGGGGAUCGGUCCCAUGGGAGGGGUGGGGAUAGGAGGUAGCAUGGGCGUCCCACCUCCCAUGUCCAUGGCCCAGCCCCUGAUGAGCAUGCCCCCUCCUGCCGGGACACAGCCGCCUGGAACCACCAACCCUUUCCUGCUGUGAGGUGGUGGUGAUGGUGGUGGUGGUGGGGGGACUUGCCACACCGCGUUCUCUUCUUCUUCCUCUUCUUCUUCCACCCUGGCUCCGCAAGAAGCUUCUAGAUGAACUGGGAGACGUCUUAUCCCGGUUAUCCAUUUAUAACCGACUCUCUACCAGGUCUCUGUCCCAAACUGACCCCUAGCCACCUUUUGUGGUGCCCCAAUGCACCGCGCCCCUCCCCUCCCUUCUCCGAACCCUCUACCCCACCCCACCCCACCCUUGUCUCUGCUGCAAGCUGCCUAGUCCUGUGUAUUCCGUAUCGAUUUGGUGACGAUGAAGACGAAGGCUAUAAAUGACAGGCGUCCAUCUACAAACUUUUCUGGAAUAGCGGCGGCGGUGUUUACAGUUUUUACGUGGGGUCAGGACCAGAAACUCUUUCCCCUCUCUCUCUCUCUCUCCUCCUCCUCCUCCUCCUCCUCUCUCACCCU